AAGCGUUAGAGCAUGGAAUUUGCUGUCGACUAAGCGGUCACAUUUUUUUUUAUCUAGUGCUUUAGUGGUGAGUCAAGCUGAAAGAUUCUUUUACCAAUUGAUCCACGCCAGGCUGUUGUCAGGCUUUGAGGAUUGCCGAUUCUGAUCAGAGAGCUUUCGAGUUCUCAUUGAUGAUCAAGAACAAUGGCGUCCCGCACUCUUGUCCAAUCCAAUUGCUUCAGGGCUGUCGCCGCUGGCUUGCGAGCCGUUCCACAGACAUCAACAAGAUGGAGCUCUAGUAGCAGUUCUACUUCAGCCAUUGCUUACAAAGCCCUUCGCCGACGUGCAGCUCCUCUUCCAACAAACGAUACACCACCAUCAUGGUCUGCCCAAGCAGCCGUUUCCAACAUCCUAUACGAAACCCCUACGCCCUCAAUGGCGCCUCCGAAGCGUCAUGUUCUUAACUGUCUGGUCCAGAACGAACCUGGCGUUUUGUCCCGAGUUUCUGGUAUUCUAGCAGCACGAGGCUUCAACAUUGACUCUCUAGUCGUGUGCAGUACUGAAGUUGAGGACUUGUCCCGUAUGACAAUUGUGCUUACGGGUCAGGACGGCGUCGUCGAGCAGGCGCGAAGGCAACUGGAAGAUUUAGUACCCGUAUGGGCUGUGUUAGACUAUACCAAUGCCGCUUUGGUGCAAAGAGAACUGCUUCUCGCCAAGGUCAACAUUCUGGGUCCGGAAUAUUUCGAGGAAUUGUUAGCCCAUCACCGUGAAAUAACGGCCGAGAGUGACGCCGGAGAAGUAGGCGAGAAGACGCUAGAGGAUAUUGCACAGGACUUCCACCCGAGUAAAAUGGUAGCCAGUCAAGCUCUGCGACUUAAGCAUGAGCAUUUGAGAUCCAUAACCUACUUUGCGCAUCAAUUUGGGGGCAAGGUACUCGACAUUAGCACAAAUAGCUGCAUUGUGGAGGUGUCUGCUAAGCCCGUCAGGAUCGACUCGUUCCUAAAACUGAUUGCACCGUUUGGUAUCUUGGAAUCGUCGCGCACAGGUCUCAUGGCGUUGCCUCGAUCUCCCCUCUACGGCCCUGACGAGGAGACAAUCGUCAAGGAAGCAGAUGAGAUCGUCGAUGCUAGCCAGUUACCUCCCGGAUAAGCUAUACAUUCGGGUUUGAAUAAAAUGGCGUUGGUGGUCAAUCAAAAUCGUCUUGGCUUGAUUGGGAUUGCUACAUUGUAGACGAAGGUCAUCCAUGGAUUAGUGCAAACUACCUCAAUAGACAUUUAGUAAAAUCACUAAACCGUUGUUGCGAUUUUACUGCCGUUUGGCUAUAGGUACGGAGACUAAACUACGUCGGCCAUGCGAAGACGUUUUUGAGUAUUCAUAUUCUUCCAUGCCAGUCCACCUUUUCCAGACCUCGCCGGAUCUAAUGAUCAAUCCUUACUCUAUUUCUCAUGCUUUGAAGUUUAAAUUCCAAGCCAUGAAAUCAGUGCCCUACUUAUUAGCUUUUGGUUUAAUUAUUCCCUUGUCCACAACAAAGGCCUCCAGAACAGCAAAAGCAGCCCAUAACCUGUUCUCCGCUUCAGGGAACACAAGAGAUCGAUCAGAGUAGAAGACGUCGUCUUCGACCUCCUCCUGAUGACGAGGCAAGCAAUGCAUAAACUUCCAAUUUGCUUUUGCUCCGCCGCGCUUCGCUAAGUCGUUGGUGACCUGAAAGCCGGCAAAGUCCUUGAGUCGUUUCUGGGUUUCCUCCUCCUGACCCAUAGAUAUCCACGUGUCGGUCACUAUGAAAUCGGCAUCCUUGACGGCUUCCUCGGG